GGAGGCCUCGAGCUGAUAGGGGGAGCUGUGGGCCUGGCGGUCCCGACGCCGCGGGCGCUUAGGCGGGACCGCGCGUGCGCGCGGAGCGGCGGAGGUAUGCUGGGGUCCGCGCAGAGCCCGAGCUGAGACUGAGGACGGGGGCCGAGGCGCCGCCCAUUGUCCCGCCCCCCGGGGCCGCCCAUUGUGCCGUGACGCUUGCACCGCCCUCGCGGCCUGGCGGGGGAGGGGCGACCCGCGCCGCAGCCAGCGUCGCCGCCAUGGAUCUAGGACCUUUGAAUAUCUGUGAAGAAAUGACUGUUCUGCAUGGGGGCUUCUUGCUGGCCGAGCAGCUGUUCCGCCCCAAAACACUGGCAGAAUUGACCAAGUCUGACUGGGAGCAUGUCGGGCGGCCGAUUGUGGAGGCUCUGAGGGAGAUCUCCUCUGCCGCGGCCUGCUCCCAGCCCUUCGCCUGGAAGAAGAAAGCUCUGAUCAUCAUCUGGGCCAAGGCUCUGCAGCCCUACCCUAUCACGCCUUCUGACACUGAAACCCUGUGGCAGGAAGAUGUGUUCUUCUCCGUGGGCAACAUGAUUCCCACCAUCAAUCACACGGUGCUCUUUGAGCUGCUCAAGUCCCUGGAAGCUUCCGGACUCUUUAUCCAGCUCCUGAUGGCCUUGCCCACCACUGUCUGCCGUGCAGAACUAGAGCGCUUUCUGGAGCACAUGACUAUCGACACUUCUUCAAAGGAUGUGGCCUUCUUCCUCGACGUCUGGUGGGAAAUGAUGAAGCACAAGGGCAAUCAGCAGGACCCCCUGCUCUCCCAGUUCCGGACAAUGGCCCAUAAGUACGUGUCCUCUUCAGAUGAGUUCUCCCACCCUCCAAAGAGGUUUAAGUCCGACCCGGAUGUGUGUCCUACCAUGCCGCUGCUGGCCAUGCUGCUCACUGGGCUGAAGCAAAUCCAGGAUAGGAUCCAGUGCCCUGGGAUGAGGUGCUGCGCCUUGGCCAACUUGGCUGACAUGCUGACCGUGUUUGCACUGAUGGAGGACGACCGCCAGGAAGUGUCCGCCACUGUGUAUCUAGACAAACUGGCCACGGUGAUCUCCGUGUGGAACUCGGACACCCAGAACCCAUAUCACCAGCAGGCACUGGCAGAGAAGGUGAAGGAGGCAGAGCGGGACAUCAGCCUGACCUCACUGGCCAGGCUGCCGAGCGAGACGAUCCUCGUGGGGUUCGAGUCCCUGCGCAGCCUGCUGCGGGAGUGGCGGGAGGAGCUGCAGGCCACGCUCAGCGGCAGCCAGGGGACGAGCUACGACAGCUACCGGCUGUGCGACAGCCUGACCUCCUUCAGCCAGCACCUGAAGCUCUACCUGGACACCACUAGCCUGUCCAAGGAAGAGAGGCAGGUGGCCUCUGAGCUGGCGGAGUGCGUGGGGGACUUCCUGAGGGACACGAACAGGGUGCUGAAGAACAAGGGCUUCGAGAAGGACAUCACUGCCUCCAUCGCCAUGGCCAUCAUCGAGCAGAAGAUGGACCGGCACAUGGAAAUGUGCUACAUUUUCGCUUCUGAGAGGAAGUGGGCCUUCUCGGAUGAGUGGCUGGCCUGCCUGGCCAACAGCCGGGCUCUCUUCCGGGAGCCUGGCCUGGUGUUAAAGCUGCUGGAAGCAGUGAUGGACGUCAGCGCGAGAGACAGGGCUGUCCCCAGACCCCAGAUCAAACAGGUCAUCGACUUGAUCCUGGAGUGUCAUGCACACCUCUCGCUGCCAGAUAAAAAUAAAGUCCUCUCGGGCGUCCUGCUCUCCUGGGGGCGCAAGGGCCUCUCUGAGAAGUUGUUGGGUCACUUGGAGGGGUUUCAGGAAGACCUCAACACGACUUUUAACCAGCUCGCGCAGAGCGCUUCUGAACAGGGCUUGGCCAAGGCCAUCGCUUCUGUGGCCCGCCUAGUCAUUCUGCACCCGGAGAGCACGGUGAAGAAAGUGUGCAGCAUGGCCGUGGUCAACCUUGGCACCCACAGGUUCCUGGCUCAGAUUCUCACCGCCUUCCCCGCCCUCAGGUUCACGGAAGAGCAGGGUCCAAAUCCCUCCACCACGUUCGUGGUGUCCUGCCUCAAAGAAACAGUCUGGACGAAGUUCUCUACACCCAGGGAAGAGAAGCAGUUUCUGGAGCUCCUGAGAUGCCUGGUGAGUCCUGUGAAGCCCCAAGGGAUUCCAGUCGCAGCUCUUCUCGAGCCAGAUGAGGUGCUAAAGGAAUUCGUCCUGCCUUUCCUGAUGCUCGAUGUCAAAGAGGUGGACCUCAGUCUGAGGAUCUUCAUCCAGACUCUGGAAGCAAACACAUGUCUAGAGGAAUACUGGCUGCAGACCUGCUCUCCGUUCCCACUCAUCUUCAGCCUGUGCCAGCUCCUGGAUGGCUUCAGCAGAUACUGGCAGCUCCCCAGGGAGAAGCGCUGCCUCCCCCUGGACGGGAAGGACCUGGUGAUCCACAUCCUGGAGCGCCUCUGUGAGGUGGUGUCGGCUAACGCCGAGACCUUCUCCCCGGACACCUGGGUCAAGUCCCUGUCCUGGCUCCACCGGAAGCUGGAGCUGCUGGACUGGACUGUGGGCCUGAGGCUGCAGAGCUUCUUUGGGGGCCACUUCAAGUGUGAGGUGCCAGCCACGCUCUUCGAGAUCUGUAAGCUUUCUGAGGACAAGUGGACCUGCCAGGCCCACCCCAGGUAUGGGCCCGGCACGGGCCUCCUGGCCUGGAUGGAGUGCUCCUCCAUCUCCAGCGGCAUCUCUGAGCAGAUGCUCGCCCUGCUGGUGGUGGAUGUGGGCAACCCUGAGGAGGUCAGGUUGUUCAGCAAGGGCUUCCUGGUGGCCCUGGUGCAGCUCAUGCCGUGGUGCAGCCCCCAGGAGUGGCAGUGCCUUCACCAGCUGACCAGGAGACUGUUGGAGAUGCAGCUCCUGCAUGUCCCCUACAGCCUGGAGUAUAUUCAGUUUGUCCCUCUGCUCAACCUGAAGCCCUUUGCCCAGGAGCUCCAACUCUCCGUACUCUUGCUGAGAGCUUUCCAGUUUCUCUGCAGCCAGAGUUGCCAUAACUGGCUCCCUGUGGAAGGCUGGAGCCAUGUGGUCAAGCUCCUCUGCAACAGCCUGACCAACCUCCUGGACUCCAUUCGGUUGACACAGUCAGUUGGCCCUUGGGCCCAAGGACAAGAGCAGGACCUGACCCAGGAAACCCUGUUUUUUUACACCCAGGUGUUCUGUCACGUUCUGCACAUCAUGGCCAUGCUCCACCAGGAGGUGUGUGAACCACUGUAUGUUUUGGCCUUGGAGAUCCUCACCUGCUACGAAACCCUGAGCAAGACCAACCCUUCGGUCAGCUCCUUGCUCCAGAAAGUAAACGAGCAGCACUUCUUAAAGUCCAUCGCCGAGAACGUUAGCCCCGAGGAGCGGCGCCAGACCCUCCUGCAGAAGAUCAGCAACUUCUGACCUUCGUGGGUCAGAAAACAGCUGGGCCUCAACUUGGCCGGGUCUACGGGGGCUACAGCUGAAAAACACAAAUGUUUCGGUUAUGUGAAAUUGUACACGAGCCCAAAAAUCUGACAACACUGUAAAGAAAAUAGUUUCUUAGGUAUUUGUAACAUACAAAUUGUAAUAAAAUUCUCUUUUGAGUUUUA